AUAAAUAAAAAUAAAUAAAUAAAUGAGCGGAUUUAAGCUCUGAAUAUGAAAUUAAGAAUUUCACCUGACAUUUGAAGACUCACAUGCAUUUAUAUGAUAAUUAGAUCCCAAUAUUUUGCAUUUAAAAACUUUGAUAUUUGCUAGUAGCCUACGUACCAAUCCUGUUGAGAUGUUAACGUGUACCUGGCAUAUGACGUCGGCAGUGACUGUGAGAGACUACAGGGUAAUAAAGUUUGUUCAUAAGAAUGUUAAAAGAUAGGUGCAAUUUUAAUUGUAUGAAAGUGUGUCUUACCUCAAGGCGUAACGGCAUCACACUGUAAAGAACGCAGUGAAGCUUGCCCGUGUCACCGGGUUCGGCGCGUAACCGACCGCGUGUUUGUUUUGGUACAUGCAAUGCGUGGUGCAUGGUCACUUAGGCAAAUUCUUCCUGACUGGUGUCAUUCUAUGUGAAUUACCGAGUGUGGUUCCUCCCCUGUGCAAGUAACUUGACAAUGACAUCCGUCAUAUGUCAGCUGCUUUGACUGAGUGUCCUAUAGUGACUAUGGUGAAGAAGAUAGAUUUCUCCAAUGAUGAACAGUUUAUAAAACUCUGAGAGUUUUGCUGCAGUGCCAAUCCUAGAAUGCAAUCAGGAUCAUUUUAAUGAGUAAAUUAUAUUCCACAAAAGGAGGUGGAGAGGCUCAAGAACAUUAAGAAUAAAUGCAUUCAAAAGAACACUUUUUUGGACGUUGUUGAAAAACCACCAAGAAAAAUGCUAACAAUUGACAUCAAAUCAAGCAUUGUGCAGCCCAGGCAAAAACAAGUCAGUUUUCCAUCAUAAGUUGUGCAUAUUUACUUGACUUUGACCUACUUGGUCUCAAAUAUUGCAUUAUCAUCAUAUCCUAUAUCCUCAGUCUCAUUUUUUCAUCAAGUACUGUUAUCUUCAGAAGGAAGUGCCCAAUCAGUGGGUGUCCCAGGAGGGUUCUUAACUUGAAUUGGCAUCUGAGUCAGUGGCAGAAGUUUCUAACCAUCACUGAAAGAGAGGAAGCCAAGGGUCUAUUUAAAAGAAUGACUGAAGAUAAAAAGGUUCCCUCAAACAGUAGUCCGGUAAAAGAAAAAGAAGAGGGAAAAAAAAUGAGAAAACAAAUUAACUAUAACAGAGUUUGGCCUACAUGCAACAAACCUAAAAAAAUUGGGUUGAUGUCCACUUGCAUAAAGUGUAUCUCCUGAAGAGAAACCUCAAUAUAUUCAGGAUUGCCUUUAAGAAUUCAAAACUCAUAAACAGACAGUGUCUGAAGGUGUGCAAACCAUGGCCACAAAGUCAGGGUCCUUAGAGGUUAGCACAGACAAUGAAAUUAUCCCUUAAAGCUUACAAGGAGUACUUGGAAAUACACGACCAUGGCUAGAACCACCAUCCUAAAAAAAAUGUCAAAAUAGUUGCAGAGGUCCUGCAUUAAGGUCUCAGGGAUAAUUCUGUGUCCCUUAUAGCAACUCUAUGUCCCUUAUAACAGGUAAUUUCUUCUGUGAAAUAUCUGGAGAUGCCACAAACAAAGACCUUCCCAAGUACCUAUUCAUUAAGAUCCCUUAAGUGCCUCAUACACGAGGAGGAAGAUAAUCUACUCCUGCAAAAGGACAUUGGAAUGCCUGAAACAAGGGAAAAAGGUGACAUAAGAGUCUCUUUCCAGUGCUACAGUAUGGCAGAAGGAAAUCUGCACAUGUUUCAGGGUUUCUCAAGACCAAGAAAAGAGAGACUUUUGAGACAAGCAAGGAAGGAAACAGAAAAUGUCACCUUGGAGGUCAUCAAAAGCAUGAGGGCAUCCCUAGAAGGGUGGCCAAUCAUUGUGCUGGUGUGGGAACACAUGCCCACACCCUUGCCACACACAUUCCAUGGCAUGCCUUUCCCCUUGGGACUUGAUGGCCCUAGCCAACCUCACCCUUUCCCCUUGGGCCUGACGUCAGCCUCUGGCCACCUCAGCUAUCACCACAUGGGAGUGAGGUCAACCCUCACUCCUUUGUCUCCGCGGUGCUCCAGCCUGCUUCACGGCUGGGUGGGUUCCCAGGACAUCACGAGCCUUUUACCUUUCUGGCCACGUGACCUCCCUUCACCUCACAAGUCCUGAGCCGGCCCAACAACCACCCCAGCAUCAUAGG